AUUACUUCCGGUUCGUUGUAGCACUACAGGAACGACGGUGAUUUUACGCACUUUAUAAAUCUAAGUAGCUAACACGAGUAAUGCUAUCAAGUGAUGCGUUUAGAAAAACAUUUUUUGAUCAAACUAUCUUUUAAAUCUCUGAUGUAUUAAUGCCAUCAUAUCUACUUUUUGACGAAUUCGAAACGAGCGACAACUGUCAAAUAAUUCACUGACAGGCCUACUAAGGCCACUGCCGGGAUUGUGUUCUGCCUGAGCAAGCAUGACUAAUGCUUGGCCAGAUAACAAACCGGACACAUUGGAGAAUAUAUGUCUCGGUGUUUGUGCCCAGAACCAGGAAACGUUCUGUGUCGAGGAUCCAGAUGGGAAAUUGUCAAUCAGGCCAGGAGUGGAUAUCCUACCUGGUGUUGUGGACAGGCUCGUAUCGGCUCUGAAGAAAGAUGACGUACUAGACUUGAAAUGGAUUAACUUAUUCCGGGACACAUCCUUGACCAGGUUGACCCGAAUUGACCUGUCAAGAUGUAGUGUCAGUGACACAGAAAUGAACAUCGUCACCGAUCAUCCCCUACACGAGUUGAUCCUCACAAACACUGUAUUGUCAAAAAACACGGUAGAAUGUAUAAAUAAACUUUCUCGGACGUUGAGAAUUUUGAAAUAUGAGAAUAACCCACAUGAAUCAGCGACUGAACAAUCGUUCACAGGGGUCAUAGCCGAUAUGCUGGAGACUGGACAAAUCAACAAUUUUGGAGAAAAACAAUUUGGAAUAGAUUUUUUUGUUAAUACACCCAACCUACGAAUCCUGUCCUUGCGUGACUGUUAUUUUAGAGAAUUUCACCAAAGCUGUAGUCUAGAAGUGCUCCUGACUCCUCUCACCAAACUGACACACUUAGAUCUGUCCAGAUGUGUCCUGGAUGUUCAGCACCUGAAAUGUCUUGAAAAUCUUCGUAACCUCAUGUGGCUUAAUUUAAGUCACCUAAUGUUUAUGCCUGAUGAGUUGGAGCAAGUUAUAGAGCACGUUUGUAAAUGUAAACAGCUGAGGCAUUUAGAUAUUUCCUGUGAUGUCAUGGAACACCAAAAUGUGAUGCAUUAUGUGAAUGGAGACAAAUGCCUUAGAAAACUCAUGAGUUGUCUCCCUUAUCUGACAUCUCUGGACCUAUCUGGUACAGACAUUCCCAAGAUUCUGCAAGAGGAUGUCUCUCACAAACUGGAGCCCACAUCAACAAGGGUCCCUAAUAAUGAGAAGAAAUGCUGUAUCACAGGUCUUGAUGGCCGUAUUUUUGAGUUCCUGGGAUUGCUUCAUUGUCGGGAUGAUCCUUGCAAUGAAGAAAACCUUCCAGCUAAACAGGUGAGCGGUCACGCCACAGAGGAACAGGUACUUAUCUCUAUACAGCGCUACUACGACCGGGACAAUGCUCUCACAUCCUCACUCAAUUCUCUCUUCAAAAUCUUCCGGUAUUCAACAGUCAAGAAUCACUGUGCAGCUCUGGAGGCAAUUUUGCUUGGAAUGAGGGAAAACCAAAAUGAUAAACAAAUCCAAAUUUCUGGCAGUGCCUCUUUGUUUUACAUUGUGAAGGGGCCUCAUAAAGACAACAUCACUUACUUACAGAAAAGACGCCUGAUAUCCUGCCUGCUAGACGCUAUGGAGAGACAGCACGACGAGAUGACUAUGUUAAGAAAUGGCUGCUUAACCAUAUGCAACUUGUCCAUUCCUCAAGAUGUGCUUUUCUGCUACAAACGUCUAGUGAAGGUUCUGAUCGAUCUCCUGAAGAUCUCCGACCAGGAGGAGUUCAUUCAGAGGAUCAGUAUAUACCUCCUUAACUGUCUGGCCUGCCAGGUAGACGGGGACGAGAAGCGCACUGUCGGUACACUGGGUGCAGUAGAGGUGAUGUUGGACUUGAUCCGAAACAAGUGGCUUAAUCAUGUGUGUGACGAAGUAUUGGAGGUGGCGUGGAGUACCCUCUGGAAUGUCACAGAUGAAACAGCUGACAACUGUGAGAAAUUUAUGAACAGUGGUGGCAUGGACUUGUUCAAGGAUUGUUUACAGAGAUUCGUGGAAAAACCGGAACUACUCAGGAAUAUGAUGGGUCUGAUGGGCAAUAUUGCAGAAGUGAAAUUCUUACGCCCAAAGUUGAUGGACCCAGAGUACAUAACAAUGUUCAGUGAUCUCCUGGAUUCCAAGAGUGACGGUAUAGAGGUGAGUUACAAUGCAGCAGGGAUAUUUUCACACCUGAUGUCAGACGGCCCAGGUGCUUGGACGAUCAACUAUCCCUCUCGGGACGAUGUCAUCCACCGACUGACCACUGCAAUAGAGAGAUGGCCAAUCAACUCGGGCCGCAACAUCAACUACAGGUCCUUUAUGCCCAUCUUUAAGUUGGUGAAAGCAUUCGACACCUCCGCAGCUCAGCACUGGUCUGUUUGGGCUCUGGCCAAUCUUACCCUGGUCUACCCUGGGAAGUAUUGCAGCCUACUUAAGAAGGAAGGGGGAGUCGACUUGUUGGAGGAAGUGAUUGAAGACCCCCGACCAAACAAUGCAAUCCGAGCUUUGGCCAAACAGGUUCUGGUGCAAGUUCAGAGUGGGGCAGAAGCUGUGGAGACAUACAACAAUCCCGAUCAGGAGGAAGAGGCAGACGACGAUAGUCAGGAGGACAGCGAUGUCGAGAUGGACGGAUAAACGGGGGAUGGAUUCCCGUCAUCAUCAUCUUCAUUACCACAUUUGUUGUCAUAAUCGUCGUCGUUGUCAUCACCGUCACAAACUGUGUUGCCUUAUCCAUUAUGCCAAGCUUGUUGAACCACCGCCAAUGAGUUGGGAGGAGAUAGCUACUUAAACUAUCUUCAUUUUUCAUCCCUCCGUCCGCCUGUCUGUGGGUCCUUCCAUCUGUAAACAUUGUCUUGUCCUUAUAACUAGCUUACAGUUCUAGUGUAAAUUGUUGUCUUCCCUCCAGCAAUUAAGGACAAUUAAACUUUUUUUUCCAUCCAAUUUAUUUUGCAUAUUUCUUGUUCUUUUCUUAGAAUUCUAUCUGAACUUGUUCACAAUGGUUACCUUGCUUUCAAUUGCCCUCCCAAACUUUUUCUACUGGAGAUUAGUACAAGAAUUAACAGGUUUAUUACAGAUUGUACCUAGGUCUACUGUCUGGUGUUUUAGUGGUUAAGGUGUCUGAUGGCCAAUAAUCACUAGCCCUCCACCACUGGGUUGUUGGUUUGAGGUCUUCCUGGGGCAAGCAAUAAAAUAUUCCCUCCUAUCAGAGAAAAAGGUCACACUGUGGAAAAGACAAAACCUGGUGUCUUUAAAAUUGUUUAUAACUCACAAACUCAAGUUACAAAAAUGCGAUUAACCGCCAUCUAUUGUUAAAGAACCUAUAUAUAUAUAUAUUUUUUGCUUAACUCAGAAGAGUCUGAGAGUUUAUUUAUUCACAAAUAUGGUCAGUGAAUUGUGUGUAAUUCUUAGUGUGUCCAGUCCCCUGUUUACACGUCUAUAACACAGACUUAUGAAGCCUAAACUAUACUCCUGUGUUUUAUGAUAACGUACCUAUUCUAUUUUAGGUACCAAUGUACCUACGUCUCAUUGUAAAACGUUUGUAAAUACCUGUAUAGAAAAAUACUUUCCUACAAACAUGAAUGCAUACACAGUUGUAUUUUUGCUUUUCCAAUAAUGUCACAAUUGAAUGUUGGUUUUGUGUGACUUCAAUGACACUUUUAUGUCUAAAGUUAUGUUUGAUUUUAAUUGUGUAUAAUUCUGAUUUAAUAAUUCAUUUUGUUUAAAAUGUAACGGCCUGAAAACAAUGAAAGUAAGUAAUUGUAACUGGGAUCAUUUUCCCACCUAUUAACAUAUCUUAAAAGCCUUUUAGUAGUGUAAUUUUAACAUGUAACAGUCAUUUGUAAAGACGUAAUGGUGUGAUGUGUUACUUACUUAUAUUUUAUGUUCCUACGCCCAUUUAAGUAUAAGUUUGUAACAUGCUGAACACCGUCCUGGUUACUGUCAGGGUUAUACUCACUCUCGCUCUCUGCACCUCUGGAAUAUGUCAUAGUAAAAUAGAAGGCUCGGUGUGCGCCACCUGGUGGACGAGACCAGAAGACGACAGUGUAGUUGGAUCCUGUGAGGUACCUCACAAUAAUCUGUUGGUCAUGUUACCGUAAAAUUGACUGGCUUUGAAGUCAGUGUCGCUUUUCUGUAUCUUCAAAGGACAGGUAUCAACCUAGCAAUUGGUCAGGUCCCUACCCACCCCCACCCCACACCCCCACCCCCCAAUAAAAUAGCUUGUUGCAUAUGCCUUCAAUUUCGUUGUUACAUAUUCCAGAGUUACAGAGAGCAACAGUGGGUGUAAACCGCUGGAGUAGAGAGGAUGGCUGAACAAUUGUAAACCUGUUUGAUGGUGUUGUAUCAACUAUCAAAAAGAGGCCCAAUGAGCCUGAAUUCCUUACCUGGUAUUGCUAAACAAGAGGCCCAAUGAGCCUGAAUCGCUUACCUGGUAUUGCUAAACAAGAGGCCCAAUGAGUAUGAAUCCCUUACCCGGUAAUAAUCUCAAGUUGAUCAAGUUUAUUUUUCAUGGACAGUAAUAACCAGUAGUUAAUAAUUGUUCAUACUUGUGUAGUGUAAAGAUAUUCCGUGUGAGUUACAUCCUCAAGGUUCUAAAUAGGAAACUGAUGACAUGCAGCAUUUAUUACAAUGACAUGAUACUUUGUAGUUGUGUGUAAAUGGUUACAUAGUAUGGAAAUGAAGUUCCCCAAAAUGCUUGUAUGAUACUGUAAAUGUGAAAGAUUUUGCGUGUGGAAAUGUUCAAGUUUUUCGCAAUAUAUUGUGAAAACAGUAACAGGUGAAUGUAUGUUUAUAGAUUAUACUGAUUAUAGAUAAAUAGAACAUACAGAUUUUUUCCAGUGAUAUAAUCAACUCAUUCAUCCCUGAAAUUUCAUAAUGAACUAUUCCAACCUUUGAAUUGGAAGAGAUUAAAUGUGUCUUCAAGGAUGAAUGAGCUAAAGGGUGAACCUAACUUUUGCAGUAUUUUAGUAAUGAUAAUAAUAAUAAUAAACUUCUUCAAGACAAAGGCAAAUCUACCACCUGUCAGCUCCUCUUUGCUUAAUAUACGGUAAUAACAAAAUGUCAGUAAUUCUAAGACACUGUGCAUCUCUAAUGUAAAUUAGUUUUAUUUAAAAUUUUAUCAUGUAUUAACAAAAAUCUUCAAAUGUGUUUGAAGGAUAUUUUCAAAGACAUCAGAUUCUGAUAAUCAUCUCACAAAACAAUGUAUAGUUGUGUGCUGUUAUUUUGCCAGGCAGUAGGAUAUGUUUCAAAGUUUUCACAAGCAAUUUCCAUUAUAAAGUGGACUGAAACAGGAAAAGAGUGAUCCUGCUAAGUGGAAGGAAAUUCGUUCAGAUACUUACGUGGUCUUGAAACAUGUCACCUUGCUGUAUUAUAGGAACAAAAUAAACUCAGUGUAUCAACUCUG